AGGCACAUGGAAGGGAAAGCUUCGGAGCGGUCGAGUGGCCUCUGGAGGCACACACCACGGCAGGGCAGCCUAGCCUAGCCGGUAGCCGCAGUGGGAGUACAAUUCUCCGCGCCACGCCUCGGCAGCCAUGCUCGCUCUCGCGGAGUCGCGGAUCGCGACUGCAGCUGCAGGACCGCAGAGCGCUGAAUAGAAGCACCUGCUGCGCAAGCGCAAGUCCAAAAGACUCCCUUGCAAGUCUUGGUCUGGACCGUGGACGGCUUCCAGAAUCCAGACUCCCUGCACGGCGUGCACGCGCCUACAUAAGAAAAAAGAUCCGUGGCCCCAGCACCCGCGGCCGAGUCAGAGCCCCAGUCCCAGAGGGAGGGGGAAAUGGCGAGCGGGGACGGGAAGAAGCAGAGCAGACGGCAGCGGCGGCGGCGGCAGCUGUGGGCGGCGUGCCUCCCGCGGCCGGGGUGCUUCACGGUGUCCGCCGCCGACGAGGGCCCGUCGGCUCACGGUGCCGGCGAGGGGGAGAGCAAGCCCAAGCCCACGCAUCUGGUCGUCACGGUCAAUGGGAUCGUCGGAAGUGCAGAAAAUUGGCGUUUUGCGGCAAAGCACUUCAUCAAGAAACACCCUGAAGACGUGGUUGUUCACUGCAGUGGGUGCAACUCAGCAGCUCGAACCUUUGAUGGAGUUGAUGUGAUGGGGAGAAGAUUGGCAGACGAGGUGGCUUCUAUUGUUGACAGUAGACCGGAGCUUUGCAAGAUUUCCUUUGUUGCGCAUUCAUUGGGUGGACUAAUUGCAAGAUAUGCUAUUGCAUUAUUAUAUGAGAGCGAGACACAAAAAGAUUCUCAUGAAAAGUUUGAGAACCAUGCUGUUGACUAUUCUAGUAACCAGCACAGCAAAGGGAAAAUUGUUGGUUUGGAGCCUAUUAACUUCAUCACUUUUGCAACACCACACCUCGGUACAAUAUCACACAAACAGAUACCACUUCUUCGUGGUUCCAACAAAUUAGAAAAGAUGGCGUAUCGUUUGUCUUGGAUUGCUGGGAGAAGUGGAAAACAUCUCUUCCUGAAAGAUAUGGAAGAUGAGAAACCACCACUUCUUCUACAGAUGGUUACUGAUUAUGGUGGUCUCCAUUUCAUGUCAGCUCUCCGCUCUUUCAAGCGGCGUGUUGCUUACUCCAAUGUUUGUAAUGACUUUAUCGUUGGCUGGAGGACAUCAUCAAUUCGUCGUCAACACGAGCUUCCUGAGCCCCGAAGUUUUAUAAACAACAAUAGAUAUCCACACAUUGUAUAUGUGGAAGGGCCAAAAGUUGAGGAUGUUGAUUUUUUGGAUGCGAUGAUUUACGAGGCAAAAACGACUAGUGAAAUGGAAGAGGUGAUGCUCAAAGGUCUGAAUAGAGUUUCAUGGGAAAGGGUAGAUGUUAGCUUCAAAAAAAGUAGACAAAGGAUUUUCGCUCAUAGCACUAUUCAGGUCAAGACCUAUUUCUUGAACUCCGAUGGAGCUGACGUGAUCAACCACAUGAUCGACCAUUUUGUUUAUUAAGAUGGGUGUACUAAGUUGGUACCAAGUUCUCUUUGUCGAUCGAUUCUCGGCCAAAGAGGAACAUGUGGGAAAUGUUCUUGUUUUGAAGACAGGAUUAGAGUUAUACUGAAGGAGUAGAACCCACUGUAAAGUGUAAAGGGGUAUCUUAUCUCUACCCUUCUUGAUAAUUUUGGGCCGUUUAGGUUCUUUUCUUCCCUUUUCAGAAUUCAGAAUCUCAGUUGUUUUGUACCCAUAUACUGGACCAGAAUUUGUUCUCCAAAUACAAAGAUAUUUGCUGCGUAUUUGCUUCUCCG